CUCACGGCUCAUUAUAUUGACGGGUAAAGUUGUGACAUAUGGGCAUCACACACUUAAAGUGGCCAUCGAGACAUUGCUUGUUGUGUGGAUGUAAACCUGUCGAUAUGAAGAGUUACCAGCGGCUAUGUUGGAUGUCUGCUAUCUGCCUCGUUGGUGGUGUAAUCCUGUGGCUGGCGACAACAAACGUCACCCCCGAGACAGAUGCUGCAAACCGUAAACCGGAACCUGGUAUACCGGAACCUGGUAUACCGGAACCUCGUAAACCGCACGAGGCACCAUUGAUACCACAACCACUGAUGCCGCAACAAGAAACGCUGAUACCAGAACAGGAAAAUUAUGAUACAGGCGGUUACCUAGUGUACGACUGUAGCCAUAGACAUAACAAGUCAUGUGGCGGCUGGUCAGACAGACUGACCGGUAUAUUGUGUACGUACGUGCUGGCAAAACUGACCAACAGAACUUUCCUCAUCAAUUUUGACAAUCCUUGUAAACUGGAGGACUACUUCGAUUUUAAGUCCUAUGAUUGGAGGUACAAUAAGACUUUGUUAGAUCACGAACCUUCCCAAUAUUAUGAUUACAUGAACGACAAGGUCAAGCCACUCAUGAGUCUGUUAGUAAGAGCCAACUCCACACAACCCAUAAAGGCCCUGUUUACCAGACGCGUCAGUUUUUUCCGGAUUAACUGGGACAUAACGCCUGAGUUUCGAAAAUUUCUCCACAUUGACGAGUACGUCCCAUGGAUAUCAACACUCCACUUCGCUGAUGUAAAUCGUUAUAUAUAUGAAUUAUUUCUCAAGCCGAAACCUUUCUUAUACAAAGCGAUCAAUACUGUUUACAAAACCAAAAAAGCAGACAAAACAUUUUGUGCCCACAUCCGGAUGGGGAGAAGCUCCACUUUCCCUAACGAUAGUAUAGUACGGAAAACUCCAGAGGAAGUUCGGAUCAUGUUCGAUUUUAUAGAGAAAAUCGACAAACGUUCUCAUGACUUGUUUCUAGCUACAGAUAACAUUGAUAUACAAAAACGGUUCUAUAGUCAAUACUCAGGAGACUUAAUUUUAGACAUGCCCGGCCGACUAACACAUAUAGACCAAGCGUUUACUGGCGAUGUGUGUCAAGGUUUUUAUAAACAACUUCUUGACUUCCUGUUUCUACAGACGUACUGUGACAAACUCGUCAUCACCAACAGUGGGUUCAGUAUGGUGGCCGCCUACCUCCGAGAUAUCCCCGGGGGACUCUACUGCUGGACUCCUCGCGCAGUCAUCACGUGCUCUCGGUACACUAUACAUGACUUCUUCCCUUUUCCCAUACUGGGCCCACUGAGAGAGUACGACGCCCACGGGAAUAUUACCCGACUCGGAUAAACAAAAUGUUCCUUCAUGUCCUAAGCAAUGUCGGUAAAUACGUGUCCGUUGUAGGCCUGUGUGGUGUUGAUGUGGGCGACACUGUCCAUACACCAUUUCGAUCUUUGUUCAGUUAAAUGUAGAGAUGAGGACAAAGCUGGAUUUAUCAGUAAUUGCUGUUGUUGAUGGGCGAAAAUCCGAGACGUGAAGUAGUUAUAUAAGAACAAUACUACUAUCACGCUCGAUCUACUGUUUAAACUUAGCUUCGGGCGCGGGAGACCCAGAGCACCCAGAGCUAUGCCGGUACAGAGUCUUCAACAAGGACAACCCCGACAGCAGAGACCGACCCUCAGCUGUUACGGGUCAGGAACAUCGAAUCCCACACCUUGGAUCGUCAACUGAGGUUACGAGGCCGGCGACAGCCAAUACAUGUUACGGCUUACAUCACACUGUGUUCUUGUCGAAAUGUUAUCUGAUGUCUUUAUGGACUGGGGUAUAACCUACUGUCUUUAUGGACUGGGGUUUAACCUACUGUCUUUAUGGACUGGGGUAUAACCUACUGUCUUUAUGGACUGGGGUAUAACCUACUGUCUUUAUGGACUGGGGUUUAACCUACUGUCUUUAUGGACUGGGGUUUAACCUACUGUCUUUAUGGACUGGGGUUUAACCUUCUGUCUUUAUGGACUGGGGUUUACCCUACUGUCUUUAUGGACUGGGGUUUACCCUACUGUCUUUAUGGACUGGGGUUUAACCUACUGUCUUUAUGGACUGGGGUUUAACCUACUGUCUUUAUGGACUGGGGUUUAACCUACUGUCUUUAUGGACUGGGGUUUAACCUACUGUCUUUAUGGACUGGGGUUUAACCUACUGUCUUUAUAGACUGGGGUAUAACCUACUGUCUUUAUGGACUGGGGUUUAACCUACUGUCUUUAUGGACUGGGGUUUAACCUACUGUCUUUAUGGACUGGGGUUUAACCUACUGUCUUUAUAGACUGGGGUUUAACCUACUGUCUUUAUGGACUGGGGUUUAACCUUCUGUCUUUAUGGACUGGGGUAUAACCUACUGUCUUUAUGGACUGGGGUUUAACCUACUGUCUUUAUGGACUGGGGUUUAACCUACUGUCUUUACGGACUGGGGUUUAACCUACUGUCUUUAUGGACUGGGGUUUAACCUACUGUCUUUAUGGACUGGGGUUUAACCUACUGUCUUUAUGGACUGGGGUUUAACCUACUGUCUUUAUAGACUGGGGUUUAACCUACUGUCUUUAUGGACUGGGGUUUAUCCUACUGUCUUUAUGGACUGGGGUUUAUCCUUCUGUCUUUAUGGACUGGGGUUUACCCUACUGUCUUUAUGGACUGGGGUUUAACCUUCUGUCUUUAUGGACUGGGGUUUAACCUUCUGUCUUUAUGGACUGGGGUUUAACCUUCUGUCUUGAUGGACUGGGGUUUAACCUACUGUCUUUAUGGACUGGGGUUUAACCUACUGUCUUUAUGGACUGGGGUUUAUCCUACUGUCUUUAUAGACUGGGGUUUAACCUACUGUCUUUAUGGACUGGGGUUUAACCUUCUGUCUUUAUGGACUGGGGUUUAACCUUCUGUCUUUAUGGACUGGGGUUUAUCCUACUGUCUUUAUGGACUGUACCAGAAUACCUUGGUAUCAGCCAGUGUAGUGUCAGUUUUGUUUGUAAGAAGGAUAUAUUGAUAGGAGUAUGACGAUGUCAUGGAUUGUUUUAACACCAAUCAGGUUUUAUACAGGAUCAUUCUACAAUUGACUAGCUUAUUGAUUUAUAUUAAUAUCAUUAUCUACAUCUACAGUAAAGAAGUCCCUGGCUACCCCCGCCACAUUCCAAUUCGUCUUGUUUACAUUUGUAAUUUUACUUGUCAUUGUCAGUUUACCAUUCUUAAUUUUGUUCAUUUCAUUCAUGUUAAUCGUAUUUCUCUCCAUAACCCGUUUAUGACACUUCCCUAACCUUAACCCGUUUAUCAUAUUUCCCUAACCUUAACCCGUUUAUCAUAUUUCCCUAACCUUAACCCGUUUAUCAUAUUUCCAUAACCUUAACCCGUUAUGAUAUUUCCCUAACCUUAACCCGUUAUGAUAUUUCCCUAACCUUAAC